AUAAAAAUCAACAACGAGAAGAAGAAGAAGAAGAAGAAGAAGAAGAAGAAGAAGUCAACGUGAUGCUAGCAGCUUUAGCUUUCCUUCCUUUCUGCUUUGAACAAUUCUAAGGAGUUUGAUCAACUGUUGGCAGAAUAUGUGAGUGUUUGCAUUAAAAUGUCUUCAGUCCAGCUGCAAGGAGAGUUGAUCAACGAGCAGUUAACUCCUGCUGAAGAACCGACAGAGUUUAAAGAAAUCAUCGUGAAGGAGGAAGAGACGGAUGAUCAGCGCAGACUGCUGGAUUUCUCCCGAAAUCCUCAGAUCAUCUUACACCGAAUAGACCACGAACUGGGUCAUGUUUGGAAAGAAGAGGCUUUCUCACACCAGCAGCUCUGUAAACAGGAAAGGGAUUCCAGUUUGGACCAGGAGGAACCAGAACAUCUGCAGAUGAAAGAGGAGGAGCAAGAGCCAGAAUGUCCCUGGAUUAAGGAGGAACCAUUAGAGCUUUCCAAAGGUGAGAAUGAAGAGCAGCUUGAACUGAAGCAGGAGAAUGAAGAUACAUCAUCAGUGAGUCCAACUCAUGAAGAAAAGAACCACAUUAAACCAGAACCAGUCAGCAACCAAAUCAUCUCUCAGGACUUUAAUGAAACUGAGAACCAGGAUGAAAAAGGAAACCAUCAUAAAAACUCAAAUAUACAGAGGAAAGUUCACAGAGGGAAGAGGCCGUUUCUAUGUAUGACAUGUGGAAAGAGUCAUGCAAAAAAAUCAGACUUGACAUCUCACUUGAAAACUCACACAGGUGAGAAACCUUUUGCCUGUAAUACCUGUGAAAAAACCUUCAAAAGAAAAAAUUCAUUAACUAUGCACAUGAAUAUUCACACAGGGAAGAGGCCUUUUGCCUGUAACGCCUGUGAAAGAACGUACAUUAGAAAAGAUGCAUUAAAUGUACACAUGAAGGUUCACACAGGGGAGAGGCCUUUUCUCUGUGCGACAUGUGGAAAAGGUUUUCUUAAAAAGAUAGAUUUAGCAGUUCACAUGAGAAUUCACACAGGUGAGAAGCCGUUUUCGUGCAAGACCUGUGGAAAAAGUUUCAAUCGAAAAUUUAUGUUGAUAGAUCACAUGAGAAUUCACACCGGUGAGAAGCCUUUUAAAUGUCUGUCCUGUGGAAAAAGCUUCAAUCGUAAAUCUGGCUUUUAUGUGCACAGCAAAAUUCAUACAGGUGAGAGGGAUUUUUCUUGUGAGAUUUGUGGAAAAAGCUUUAUUCAAAAAAUUAAUUUGUCUCGCCACAUGAUGUGUCACACAGAUGAAAGGCCCUUUCCCUGUAGUACCUGUGGAAAACAGUUCAGAUCAAAACAUACAUUGAGUAGCCACAUGAGAGUUCACACAAGCGUGAAACCCUUUCAAUGCGUUACUUGUGGAAAAAAGUUUAAUAAAAAAACAAAAAUUAAUGACUCGCAAUAGAAGUCAUACAGGUGAAGAGCCCUAUUUGUGUGCGAUCUGUGGAAAGGCAUUCAGUGAUUGCAGUUCACCGAAAUCUCACUUUGCAGCUCACACAAAUGAAAACCAUUUUCCAUGUUUGAUAUGUGGAAAAAGUUAUAUGAGAAAAACAGAAUUGACAUUUCACAUGAAAACCCACAUAAGUGAGAAUCUUUUCAAAUGUCUGUCCUGUGGAAGACUUCGCUAGAAUAGCCAAAAAACCAGAGGAGCCUUAAGUAACAGUUACAGUAGCAUGUGAAAGGCCAUAUUUUAUUUUUUUUGUCAGAAAUCUUACUGGUUAAGUUUGGCAGAUGUGUGUUAGGAGAACCACUGAGCUGAAGAACUAAGAUCUAAUAGGAAAACUAUCUAGUCAGACAUUUACCAUUGUUGAAGCUAGUAACAUUUUGUUUUUAAUUAAAUUUGUGUUUUAACAAUGCAACUUGUUCAUUUCUUUAAUUAAACCUUAAAAUUAGUUCACAGGGUAUUCACAAAGUGACACUGUGUGGUUUAUAACCUGAUGUUUUUAAUUGUUUUUGCUUGGACUUAGAUUAUAAUACUAUAGUCUUGAUGUUUAAUCUUGUUUUUUUUUCCCUUUGUGUGAAAAUAAUUUGGUCAAAUCACUAUAAAAUUAAGCCUCUUCGGUCUUUGAGGCGGGUCACUUUAUUCUCAUAAAUGUUACUUCAAUCACACAUUUAGUCUCAUCACAGUGGUAGUUUAUUACUUCUAAAAGUCACAGCGUCUUUUGCAUAUGUGUUAAUUGUCUGAUAAUUUGCAGCCAAAAUGUACAAUAAAUAAAUUCUUAAAAAUAAAUGCUGAACAAACUGUGCAAAUUACAGUAAUUUCAUUGAUUGAGUCAUUACAAACAAAAAUGUUGAAUUAGAUGUCAAGAAUUUAUCUAUUUCUGAAAAUGUUUCCCAAAUUGAACAUUUUUUCCUCAGGUGAUUCUGGUGCACAGCUGGUGUAUUUUAUGUCUGUUGUGAACGAGUUGGUACUUUUGUUUUGCUCAACACUGUAAACGAUUUAGAACUGCAAAAAAGUCAAAAAUACAUAUUCAGUGUUUGAUGGUUAUUUAUCUCACUUAUUAUUGUAGAUGUAGAUUUCUAGUAGCUAUAAAGAAAAGAAAAUACUGUCACCUGUGAACUGUUAAUGAAAACAUGUUUAUAGACAUGAGGUUUCAUUAUGAUGACGCUUCCAUUCACAGAUUUAGAGCAAAUAACAUGCUUUUGUUGAUUAAUGAGGUUUUGAGGUUUGCAUUCAUUGCUUUGAGAAAUUAAUUUGGCUGCUGUGCAAAUAUUAAUGUGAGAAAUGUUUUAAAGCCACUGAAGGAAAAACUGUGAAGCCAAAAUUCCUCAAGAUCUGUAGAACUUUGUCACAUUAUGUUGGACAUUAUUUUAGAUUAAUAGACUUUAGCUCUGCUGUUCACUGCAAAUCAUUUUGUAUUUGUCACUUUUUAUGUUUUUGAUUUCUUAAAGGGAGUUUAGUAUUUCUCAUUACUGGAUGUAAAAUGUUUUGCUAUGUUUCUUUUGUUAGUAAAAUAAAUCUGGAGUUUAUUCCAA